CACCCUAAAUUCAAUAUGGUGUUCACCUGUGCAUUUGUGUCAUUGUCUGAGCGAAUGUAUUUGUAUGUCUGUGUUCAGCAACACUACGGACAGAUCCUCAGUCAGUUCCAGGCCAUGUACACCAUUGGAUAUUCCCUGUCUCUUGCGGCGCUAGUGCUGGCGUUGGGCAUCCUGGUGGCCUUUAGGAAGCUGCACUGCAUGAGAAACAACAUUCACAUGAACUUGUUUGCCUCCUUCAUCCUGCGAGCCUCUUCUAUUCUCAUCAAAGAUGCCAUGUUGGAAAGGCCUGAUGACUUCCAUGUUGGUCAGGACAUCACCACUGAACUGGAGGUGGAGUGGCUGGUUAAAAACGAGACGGCGGUCGGCUGCAGGGUUGCAAUGGUGAUGAUGCAGUACAGCAUACUGGCCAACAACUACUGGCUGCUGGUGGAGGGCAUCUACCUGCACAGCCUUCUGGUCGUCACAGUCUUGACGGAGAGGAAUUACUUCGCCAUCUACCAGUGUAUCGGCUGGGGUGCCCCUCUGAUAUUCGUGUUGCCAUGGGUGAUCGUGAAGUACUUGUACGAGAAUGAAGAAUGCUGGGUGCAGAAUAUUAACAUGGAGUAUUGGUGGAUUAUUCGUUCGCCAAUCCUGCUGGCCGUAUUGAUUAACUUUUUCAUCUUCAUACACAUCAUCAAGAUCCUCGUGUCCAAACUGAGGGCGCACCAAAUGAGAUAUUCUGACUACAAGUUCCGGCUUGCUAAGUCAACCCUCACCCUGAUUCCGUUACUGGGGAUCCAUUCGGUCCUGUUUUCAUUUGUUACUGAUGAGUCUACCUCACAUGGUGCUCUAUCCCUGCGCCUCACAAAGCUAUUUAUCGACCUAUUCUUCAACUCCUUCCAGGGGCUGCUGGUAGCCAUCUUAUAUUGCUUCGUCAACAAGGAGGUUCAGUCUGAGAUUCUGAAGAAAUGGAGACGUUGGAAGCUUGGGAGGGACAUAGAGGAGGAGUACCGUCACACCUACAGCCAGUCCCUUCAGAUGAAAAGUGGCAGCAUCAUGGUCCCUCCUUCCAACCUCUCGCGGCUGCCUGAUAUCGCUACCACUACCUCCCGGCUCGGCAGUCCAGAAGAGAAGCAGAUGCUGGUGUCCAACAGCCAGAAUGGUAUGGGUACUGGAUUGCAGUUCACCUCCACACCACAAGAUAGUUCCAUCUGCAGUUCGAUAACAGAGGACAUAGUGAUGGUGGACAGAGGAAAGUGUUGUAGCGUUCAACGGGACAAUGCCAAGAGCAACCUGUGAGCUCCAGAUGUCUUGCAGAAGAAGACCCUUAGCCCAACCACCCUCGCUUCUUCUGGCUGAGGGCCCUGAAGCAAGGAGCAAGAGGCGUGUGAAUGUGUGCGUGUUUGUGUGUGAGUUUGUGAGAGCACUGUCCUCUCUGAUGGACACAUGAUGGACACCCGUUCAUCACGUUACAUGGUGCUCAGUUGACACUGUCCCAGUCAGACAGGAUCAGCGGUGAGCAGAAGGUGGAUAUAUGUUAAAGAUUUGCACAAAUGUACAUGCUAACAAACUCAAUGAUGAAGAACAGAGUCUUACCUCUAGUCUUAUAUUGCUGUCUGUGAUGUUGAUGAUUUAGUAGAGAAACCCCAUUGGGACUGCAGGGUACAAGAGGAACCAUCAAAAGCAAACAUCAACCAAUGCCUCUGGAUGAAUGGAAGAUUAAGAAAGAGAUACACUUAACUGAACUUGUCAAAAAGUUAACUAAACCGGGUAAUGCAUUCCAGAGUGCAUAAGCUCCAUUUGAACCGAAGGAACCCCACAUGAAAAGACCAACUUGGACCUGAAUUUCCAUACAGGUUUAUGCUAAUAUGGUGCCGAUGGACCAGCAAAGCCAAAAAUGGGUGAAGCUGAUUGGUCAAGGACAUUCUGCUGGUUAAGUAAGCAAAGAAGCCUUGUGGUGACACCAACACACCAGCAUUUUUGUUUGCAUAUAUUUUGGAAUCAAUUGACACUUUUGGGUACAUGUAACACGUAAAGCUGUUUUUGUGUAGUUUAAUUAAAACCAUCUUUGUCUUUGUUAGAAAUUAAUUGCCAAGCUAAGGUAUAGAUAUAGACUGAUCAAGUUUCGACAGGUAUUACCCAUGUGCCUUUUUCUGUAGGUCAUAGACCCCAAUAUUAAAACAAAAACAGAAAGAUUCACCUUGCAGAGUAAGUGAAGUACAAAUCAGUCACCCAAUCUUCAGAGGUGAAAGUUGCUUAAAGCAGGUUCUGUAUAGCAAA